UAUGAUUUCUAAACAAAUGCGCGGAACGGUGUGAGACGUUUGAGGCUUCCAUUGAUUGAGGAUACAUGUUCUUUCGGUGUGUGUGUUAUUUGAAGCCUAAUCAUAUUUUUAGUUGCAUGAAUUUAGCAUUCAGAUUGAAAUUUUGUCUAAAAUGAAUGAAAAUAAUGUGCAUGUAAUUCCUGAUGAUUUUCUAAUGAUUUCACCAUCAUCUAAUACAAAUGAUAUUAUUGAUUUGACGGAAAACAAUGAUGUUGAUGAUUAUGAAGUAACUUCUAGUUCUGUUGUAAUUUCAAACAAUUCAGUAUGUCAUCAGCAAGGAAGGUUUGUAGGACAUGGUGAUGAAAUAUAUUCUUCUACAGAAGCACAUCCUGGGUCUGCAGAUGAUUCAAUAUGCAUAUUGUAUGAAAGAAUUAUUCCUAAACCAGAAGUUGAAGUUAUAAAUGAAGUAAUUGCUAACAAUGAACGAAAUGAAUCUACUAAUUCAUGCCCUGUUUUAAAUGGUACAUAUGCUAAUUUUAUACCUCCACCGGAAAUUCCACAAAUUCCUGAUGCAAGAACCACUUGUUCUUCUCAGCCAUUUAAUUACAGUUUACGCUCUAGACCAAAUCCUCCUGUUGUAAUGGGUACAUGCAUAUUUCCACCAGAAAAUCCUGCAGAAACUUCUAACAUAGAAAUUUCAGGAACUAGUUCUUCUGAACCAAUUAAUUAUAGUUCACGUUCAUUAAAUGGAUACGUUCUGCUUACUCCAGAGAUAAAUGGAAUUUCUAUUGGAAGAAUCAGUAGUUCUCCUGAGCCAUUUAAUUAUAGGAUGAAUCUUCGGGUAAGAGCAUCUCAGCCUUCAACUGUUUCUUCAGUACUUACAACAUUCAAUGAAAGGUCAUAUCAACCCAUAUCAAUCGAGACACAUACUAUAUUAGGGACACCUUCCCAACCCACAACUGAAGAACCAUUAAAUUUGCAAGUUGCUCCUGGUGUUCCAUCCAGUAAUGAUUCAGGGACGCAAAACUCCGAUGUACCCCCCAAGAUUCAGUGUGGUAUUUGCUUGGAUGGACCUGAUGAGAUUGCAGCAUCUAACAGAAACUUUACAUCUACAAAUUGUGGUCAUGUUUUUUGUAAUACUUGCAUUAAAACCGCCUUCUCUAAUUCUCACACAUGUCCCAAGUGUAGAAAAAGGAUCACCGAAAAACAAAUUCAUCCUCUUUACUUUUAAAAAUCAUUUUGUUAAUGUGUAGCUUUAAGAAAAUUGAUUGGAUUUCAUUUAUUCAACCUUUUUCCAAAAAGUAAAAUGAAUAAAAGAUGUAUUAUACUUGUUGCCUUAAAUAGUUGAAAUUGUAUUACAUUAUCGUCGUUGCAUCUCUCGUUUUUUAUACAGGGAUUCUAAUAUUUUGUAUCAUUAUUUUUCCAUAUAAUUUAAAAUGUAUAGUUGCAAAGUAAAAUAUAUUCAGUUGUCCAAUAGUAAUAUUCUUGUGAGAUAGUUAUUUUUUUAAAAAAUUAAAAAUUUGAAGUUAUGUAAAUUUUUCUGUGAGAGAAUAUAUGUGUAUAAGCCCAAUUACUUGAAAAGAAAACGUUAAUUAUGAAUCUACCUUUCACAUUUUAAUUUUUGGUUUCUUUCUGAAGAUGGAACUUACUAAGCUGCCCACAGAGGGAAAAUGCAUUAGCUGUCUUAUUUUUUGGCAAUCAUGUUUUUGUUUUAUUUUUUAUAUAUUUACUUUAGAAAACUUAUAUUCUGAUUUUAAUAUGUGCCAUGGAAAUUUCUUUUGAGAUAAAUUACUUUGGAUAUACUGUUUUACAUUUAAUUUUUGCUGUUUAUAUAUUUUUGUCUUCUAUAAAAAUGUUAGUGUAUAUUCAUAUUGAUACACAUAGAAUACUUUUUUAAAAUUUUGGAUCCUUUUUAUGGUUUUUAACGACCUGUAAUAAGUGUAGAAAUUGCCUCGGACCAGUUGAGAAAGUAAUUUAGCAUUGAUAAACAUGGAAUUUUUUCUAGUGUUUGCUCAAAUAUUAAUAAAAUGUAAUAUAUUAUUUUAUAUAAAUAACCCUUAUUCCUUCAAAUGUUGUUACACUUUAGAUUCAAAAGUAUUUCAUAUUGUUAUAUUAAGCUCAUAAAAAAAAUAAUUCUCUUAGGAAUUUUUUUUUCUUUUUUUUCCCCCACAACUGUUGUAUUGUAAAAAUGAUUGAUGAAGAUUAUUGUGAUUAUUUUACGUAAGUAGAUCUAAUUUGUCUACAUUAAACAUAUUUGUUAUCCAAAGUUAUUGUAACUUUAACAUGAUUUCCAGGCAUCUGCUUUUUGAAAUCCAUGAAGACUAUAAAAAAUUAAACAUAGUCCUUCUUUUGAACUUUUCUUUUUCAAAAAAUGAAUAUGUAUUUUCCUGAAACAAUUAGUAUUUGAAAAGAGAUUUGUAUUGAAAUUCUUUUUUUAAAAAAAUCAAAUCGGCUCUCUUAUCACUUCAACAGAUAUUACUUGUAAUUUUAGAACUUUGUUUUGACUUUUGAAUAAAUGGAAUGGAAAAAUAUCUGUAUUAAAAACCGAGGAGAAAAAUACCUGCAAAAAUUAUGUUUAUCUAUAUUAAUAUUAUUUUCUUCAUAUAUUAUUAUAAUUUGAUUUCUUUUUAAUUUCGGCUUAUAUUUUGUUCCACAGACAUGAUAUUUCUGGGUAAAUAAAGAAAAUUUUAGGAAACGAAAUUCUUAUUUUUUAUGGCUAUUUUCCUUUUUUCAUCAAUGGCACACUGUGUUCUUUUCUUAAGAUAACAUACCUUAAUUACUUCAGUGUUAAUCAAUUAUAAAUUAAAAAAAGUGUUUUGUUAAUUUUGGCUUAGAAACUUUAUGAAUUGGUUGAGGCUAUUUCUUUUAGUGAUAUUUUUUUUUAAAGCAAGAUUUCAUAUAUCAUCAUUAGAAUGUUAUACUGAUUUUAAAAAAAAUUCCUGUGGUUUAAUCCACCAUUAAAGAAGAUAUUCAUUCAAUUGCCAAGAAAGAAUACUCUUGGCAAUUGGUAUUGUAUUUUUUUAAUAUCAUUUAUCUGUGUGCUUUAGUGAGAAUAAAAGAUAUGUAAAAUGAUGUAUAAAUAUUUUAAUGUUGCGAUUAUAUUUUGUAAAUAAUUGUGGUUUAAAUGAUCAAUAAAUGAUUUUGAA